UGGAGACUUUUUUUUAAAAAAAGAUUAAGUUUAUUAACAUGUUUUUGAUUUAUUUAAAAGGAUAAUAGUAUUUAAAAAAUUUAGUUUUUUCUGAAAUUAAUAUUAAUAAUUAUACUAAUUUUAAUGGGUGCGGGUCAAAGUGCCCUGAAAGGGCUUGAAAUUGAAGAGAAAGCUGUCGAAAUAACUGAUUUUUGGACACAUCAUUCGGCUAAUAUUGAAGGUACCAAUCCUGUUGGUUUAUCAGUAUUUAUCAGUGAACCCUCAUUACAUUCUACUGCAAGUUUCGGAAAACCAACACCAUUGGAGAAAAAUGCCAAGAAUUUAAUGAUUCAUCGACAUCCGAAUAUUUUAAAGUACGUUUCAUCAUGGUCAAAGGGGAGUAAAUUUUUCCUUGCAACUGAAAAAGUAAAACCACUCGUUCAAGUAAUUGGAACAGAGACGACACUACAAAUUUGCAUCGGUUUACAUAAUAUUCUUCGUGCCUUGUUAUUUUUACACGAAAAAGCUCUAUCGUCGCACAACAAUAUUUGCAGUAGUUCAAUAUACGUGGCGGAAGAUGGUUCUUGGAAAUUAGGAGGUCUUGAAUAUCUCUGUCAAUUUUCCGAAUUAACUACCAAUUAUUUUAGGAAAAUUAAAACUUAUCGUUAUGAGAAGGCAAUUUCUCCCAUUGAAGAUGAAUUAUUGAAUAAUAUUUCCUCUGAUCCGAUAGUCAUUGAUCGCUAUGCUUUUGGCGUUUUGGCUGAGGAUGUCUUACGAUUAAAAAAUGAUGAUGAUGUACCAGGUUUGAAGGAAUUCAUAGAAUAUUGUAAACAAGAGUUAAAAACAUCCGAUACAUCUUUGGUCGCUUCAUUGUCCUCUUUACUCAAUCAUUCUUUUUUCUCUCACGAUUUCAUGAAAAUUCACGCAUUUCUGACAGAGUUACCAUUAAAAACAGAGACUGAGAAGAAAGAAUUCUUUUUAAAUAUAGUCGAAAAAUUGGAAAGUUUUCCGGAGAAAAUUGUCGCGGAACAAUUAGGAAAAUUAUUAUUGUCUAGAUUAGUUCUAUUAGAUCCAACAGCGCAAGAAAAACUUUUGCCGUUUAUUUUGAAACCAAAAAGUCAAGAUGAUCUCAAAGAUCAAGGACUAUUUACAGUACAAACAUUCAAAGAGCAUUUAAUUCCAAAGUUACUACAGAUGUUUUGCGUUCGAGACGCGUCAAUUCGACUGCUACUUAUUUCGCAUUUAAAUUUAUUUGUCCACGUUUUUGAGAAAGACGAAUUAAAGUCUCGAGUAUUACCAGAACUUCUCGUUGGAAUUAAAGAUACGGAUGAUUAUCUUGUUAGUACAACAUUACACGCACUCGCUGAACUUGUUCCUAUUUUGGGUGCAGCAACAGUAAUCGGUGGCCAAAGAGGAAAACUUUUCGCCGACGGUCGUCCAAUGAAAAUACAAAGACUUAGAAAAUCCAUAAAUACCAAUAGUAGUAAUAAUAAUAGUAAUAAUCACAAUCUAAAUAGAAUUACAGAUUCCUCAAUGCUUUCUUUACCGGAAAGACCAUCGCCAGACGGUGGUGAAGAUAAGGAGGAGACAAAUUUUUCCUACGCCGAGGAAGAAAAUUGGUCCGAUUGGGAAACACAGGAAAUUGAAGGCAAAGAUAAUCAACUAAUUAAUAGAACAAUUGAAACAAUUGAAAACUCUGAUUUACAGAAUUCCAAUUUAGAAACUAAAAUCGAUGAAAUAAAGUCAAAGAAUAAAAAAAAACCAAUUGUCGCCGAUAUAUCUGAACUUGACAUAAAACAUUCAAAGUCAAUAUGUCAGGAGAGUGACGAUUUUGAUUUUUUUACCGAUAUGGAGCCAGUUAUACAGAAACCACAAAUUAUACAAGUGGAAAAAGUAUUUCAAACGAAAACUAUAUUCGAUGUUAAAUCGCCGACAAAUAAUUCAGCUGAUAAUUCACCUGAUGAAGAUAAUGGUUGGGGCGAUGAUUUAAACGAUUGGGAUAUUGACACCGUUGAAGUAAAAGAGUGAUAACUUGUAAAUAUUAAAAAAAAAAUAGUUAUCCUGUUAUGCACCUAUCGUGUAUUUUUAUAUCUAUCAAAUUACGCAAAUGUAAAUAAAAAAUAUUUUUUAGUUUCUUUAACAAUCUUUUGAUUUUGAUUCAAUUUUCGAUUGCUGAUAAUUCAACAGAUAUUGUAAAUAUAAUAUUGCGAAUAAAAAAAGUCAAAAUAUAUACCAAAAUUUAUAAUUAAAACAGAAUUUGAUAGUAUAAAAAUGUACCUUUUGUUAUGAAUUCACUUAUAUUGUAAAUAGAUUGUAAAAUAUUUUUUAACCUUAAAUUUGUAUAUAUAAAGUGUACGAAAUUUUUAUUAUCUUUUCUAAUGUAUAGGUAAUAUUGAAACUGUUUUAAAAAGCUGUUGGACAAAUUUUAGAUUUAAUUAUUUAAUAAAAUGUUACAAUCUUUUUUGGAAAUUAUUAUUAUUUUACAAAAUUUAAUUCAAUUUUUUUUAAAUUGUCAGGAAAAGCAGGAAAGUAGAGAAUUUAGGUAAAUUAAAACCUUUGAAUAAAGAAUGUCAAUUUUUAAAAAA